AUGGGGGACUCUCAGGCCCUGGCUGCUGCUGGGGUGCCUUGGCUCUCUGGAGGAUAUGGCAGGCAGAGUCAAAGCCCCAUAGGGGAAGGGAUGGACAGGGCGGAAAGCCGGAGGUGGUCUCCUCUCCCUGGCAGGGAGUCCCUGCCCUUGCCCUACCUGAAGCAGGAAGAGCUGCACAACAUCCCCAGCUCGGAGCCUCCCUGCCCCACCUUCCAGUAUGUGCUCUGUGCAGCCACCUCGCCGGCAGUGAAGCAGCAGGAGGAGACCCUCACCUACCUGAACCAGGGCCAGUCCUAUGAGGUGCAGAUGCUCUGCAACCCCAAGCUGGGUGAUACUACCCAGUGGGCCCGGCUGUUGAAGAGUGUGGUGCGUGUGGUUUUCCAUGACCGGCGCCUGCAGUACACGGAGCAGCAACAGCUGGAUGGGUGGAGGUGGAGCCGGCCAGGGGACCGCAUCCUGGACAUCGAUGUGCCACUGUCCGUGGGGGUGAUAGAGCCCCAAGUGCUGCCCUCACAGCUCAACACGGUGGAAUUUCAUUGGGACCCGACCAAGAGGACCUCCCUCUUCCUGCAGGUUCACUGCAUCAGCACCGAGUUCACUCCUCGGAAAAAAGGUGGAGAGAAAGGUGUCCCCUUCCGCCUCCAGAUUGACACUUUCAAGCCCAGUGACAAGGAGCUGCCGCCUGAGCACCUGCACUCAGCUGGCUGCCUCAUCAAGGUGUUCAAGCCCAAAGGAGCUGACCGGAAGCUGAAAACAGACCGGGAGAAGAUUGAGAAACAGCCCCUUCACGAGAGAGACAAGUAUCAGGCUGCCAGUGAGACUACGGUCUUCCUGGAGUGUUCACCGUGGCCAGAUCCCAGUGCAGGGCCCCACCCGCCUCUCAGCCCUCUUGCCCUCACCUCUCCCCACGCCUGCAAGCUCCUGUCCACGGAGAGGCUCUGCUCCUCCCCACCGUUCGCCUUGGACACCUUGGGGGGCAGCCCCGCUGAGGAUCUGAGCCCUGGAGCCUCCAUCCUAGAGACACAGCAGUGGUUGCACCGGCACCGGUUCUCCAGCUACUGCCGGAUGCUGGCCAACUUCACUGGCACUGAUCUGCUGAAGCUUACCCGCCGGGACCUUAUCCAGAUAUGUGGGGCUGCCGAUGGGAUCCGCCUUUUCAAUACUCUUAGAGCCAGGCCCAUCCGUCACCGGCUGACUUUAUACGUGGCUCAGGAGGCCUCUAGGCAAGAGAAUGAAGUUCCUAAGAACCCUGACUCAGGUCUGUGCUCUCAGGGUCACCGGGAGGUGGGCAAGGGUGAGGAGAGCAGCUGGGAAAUGCCUGAGGCAGGUUACCUGGAAACAGCUCCUGGUAGGAAAAAGGAGGUGGCCAGGGUGGGAGGCAGCUGA